CAGUUGUUGUUUAACCGUGGCACGAUGAUUACUGAAGCUUAAAACCAAAACAAUUUCGGCUUUAAUCGAUUAAUUUUAAACUUAACAAUUUAAAAAAAUGCUACCGAGUAUAAUUUAUUAGUCAAUUUGUUUAACCCUAGUUCACAUAUAAAUGUAAACUGCGAUGGCAGAUACUCACAGAACGCUUAAUAGAUCCGUCAAUGAUCGUCCAUUGUUUAUGCAAAACAGGCACAGAUGUUCGAUUAGCGACACACAGGAAAUUAGUGAAUUUCGUCGGGCUCUGCCGCAGUUUUUAGCCGUUAGUGUAAAAAAUAUUUUACUAUUUGUCUAUGGUAUGACACUUGGUUUUCCAACAAUUGUUAUACCAGCCAUACAAGGUGGCGAUGGUCGUGAGCCUAGUGAUAUAGUAUUAAAUAGGGAUCAAAUAUCAUGGUUUAGUUCUAUAAACUUAAUAUGUGUGCCUUUGGGUUGUCUAUUUUCAGGCGCGUUGACACAGCCAUUUGGAAAGCGUAAAGCUAUGCAGAUUGUCAAUUUACCAAUCUUAGCAUCGUGGCUCCUUUUUCAUUUUGCGACUAGGACAGAACACUUGUAUGCAGCUUUGUGUUUAAGUGGUCUUGGAGGAGGUCUAAUGGAAGCCGCAGUUCUAACCUAUGUUGCUGAAAUAACAGAACCUAAAUAUCGUGGUAUCUUAUCGGCGCUUGGGUCAACUUGUGUUAUCUUAGGUGUUUUCAUACAAUUCAUAAUGGGCUCAUUUAUGGAUUGGCGCACAAUAGCGGCAGUAAGCUCGGCUUUCCCAGUAAUCUGUAUAGUUGCACUAUGCUUUAUACCUGAGAGCCCUACUUGGCUUAUACGAGAGCAACGUUUUCGUGAAGCUGUGAAAUCUUUGCAAUGGUUACGUGGUUGGGUGUCAGAACAUAAAAUUGAAUCAGAAUUUAAUCGAUUAUAUGAUGAGCUGAUUACACAGCCAGCUUUUGAAGAAGCUGAGGAAAAUGGACCAGUCAAACCCACUAAAUGUGCAAGUCGGAUUAGAAUGUUUCGUAAACGUUCGUUUCUUGUGCCAUUUUUGUUAGUUGCAUUCACGUUUUUUACAGGGCACUUUUCUGGCAAAACACCAUUGCAAACAUAUGCAGUACAGAUUUUUCACACUUUAAAAGCACCGAUCAACAAAUAUCACGCUACAAUACUGUUAGGUGUGGCCGAAUUAAUAGCAACAGUUCUCUGUGUAUUUCUAAUACACUUUACUGGGAAGCGUCCUUUAGUUUUGAUAUCGACAAUUGGUGUGGGUUUUUGUUUUUUUGGUACUGCUACUUAUGCGCAUUAUUUAAAAAUUGUACCAGGCUUUGCUGUGAAUAACGUUGUUAUUAAUGCUUCAUCCAUUGUUGCUAAAGAAAAUAUUAUCUCCGGUGACAACAUAACUCAAAUAUUUGAAAAAGAAGAGAAAGCUUUGUUACUUGCAACUAAAUCAUUAGAAGCACCUAAUUCGAAGUAUGAUCAAAGCAAUUCUACUGAUACAGUUGAAGACUUUACAACCAUUCUACCUGUUAUCGAAUACAAUCGCACUAAACGCGAGGAAGCUGUUUUAGAAAAUUACGAAUUAUAUGGGAACGAAAGUAACAAUAAAAAUUUAACAUUUUUGGAGCUGCCAUUAGACUACGGAGAAGCUAAUGACACUAACAAAAAUGUUUCAUAUGUUUUAGAUGACUUUGACUCAGGAGAAGAUAAUACUACAGUAAAAAAUACAAGCAAUUUAAAACAAUUUGAAGCAGCUAUUAUUUCAGGCAAUGCAACAAACAAUAGAGCUGAGAAAUUGCCUUCAACUAAUGAAGUUGUUAACGAAAUUCUCUUACCAGUGCCUAAACAAGAAAAGAACAGAUUAGUGUGGCUUCCAUUAAUUCUACUUUUAGGAUCAGCUUUUUUUGCGCAUUGCGGAAUACGUAUGAUACCUUGGAUUCUGAUUGGUGAGGUUUUCCCUGCACCGGUUAGAAGUACAGCAUCAGGCUUAGUAAGCGGUGUUGGUUAUAUAUUUGGUUUUCUUGCAAAUAAACUCUUUUUACAAAUGUUAACAACUCUUACUAUGCCUGGCACGUUUUGGUUUUAUUCUGGAGUAGCUUUUCUUGGCGCUGUCGUUCUAUAUUUUAUUUUACCAGAAACUGAGGGUCGUACUUUAGGGGAAAUAGAGGCUCACUUUUCAAAAAAAUCGAAAACAAAUUUACUUAGCAAAGAUUGGCAAAAUAAUAACAAGAUCUCAAUCACACAAAUGGAUAAUUUACAGAACCUACAAAUCGCAAUGGAUCGGCAGACACAGACAAAGGUCUUGCAAUUGCAACAAAGUGAUUUUAUACCCAGCGAAGCAACAAUGGGGAAAACAAACUUAGCUUACGAGGAAAAUAAUACGACACAUCUAUAAUGUGGCAAUAGUAUUUGUUAACAAGUACACAGUAUUUCAAUGAGGCGUUUUUUAAAAACCUAGAGUUUUAGAUAAAAAUUAGGAAAACAUUUAUCUAAGUA